CUCCUCACACAUGCACAAAAAGUGGUAAAUAAUCUCGAAAUUUCACUUCCUUCUUCAAAACAUAAAUUUGUAGUGAAUUAAUUUUUAUCAAAAGCACCAUUAAGGAAGGAAAAUUACAAGGGAAAAUUUAUAUAGCAACAGUUACUGUUUCAAAGAUUUUUUUUUUUAAAAAUGGAUAGCUCCCUAGUAGUGGUUGCAAUUGAUUAUGGAACAGUUCACCUGGGAUACACACUUCUUCCUAAAGGCAGUAAAGAAUUUUACAGUUGUUACAUAGACGGAACCAAUGAAAGAAUACCAAAUAUUGUGUUACUAAAUUCACAAAAUGAAGUGGACUAUCUUGGCGAAAGCGCUCAGAAGAAGUAUAUCUCUCUGUUACAGAAUGGAACUGGGGACAACUGGUCCCUCUUUGAGGGAUACAAAACAAGCUUACAUAAACCAAAGCUUACACGUGAUUUAAAAAUAGCUGAUGUCAGAGGGAAUACAAAGUCUGCACUACUCAUCUUUGGAAAAACCAUAAAAUUCCUAAAACACAAGGCCGAAAUAAGUAUUCGAAAUGUCAUGUCAGGUGUUGAAUCUCAAAAUAUCAAAUGGAUAAUAACCAUUCCUGCUCUCUGGUCUGACUGUGCCAAACAGUUUAUGAGGGAAGCCGCUAUAUCAGCUGGAAUUGCACAAAACCGGUUAAUGCUGGUUCUGGAGCCUGAAGCAGCCUCUCUUUUCUGUCUCGACAAACCAGUCAACGUUGUUCAAAACCCAGAUCACAGUGCGAUGAACGUAUGCUUACAUCCUGGCCAGAAAUACAUCUUAGCCGAUAUUGGCGGUGGAACAACUGAUAUCUGCAUUCAUGAAGUUUUAGCGGGUCAUAAGCUGCGGGAAAUCUAUCGAUCCACUGGUGAUAUAAAAGGAGGAAUAAACAUUAACAAUGAGUUUACCCAACUUCUUAUGAAAUUAAUUGGCAGUCAUGCCUGGUGUAAGUUCAAAAAUGAAAGUCCUGAAUAUUUCGAAUUAAUGUCUGAAUUUGAAACAAAGAAGAGACAAUUUUCCAUCCCGAUAGAACUUAUGGAAAAUGUCACACUUUACAAACGGGAUGAAUUCAGUUGCAGAGUUGCAUUCAAUGCACAAAAAGCUGACCUACCAGACACUCGGGACUUUGAUAUUGCUAUUAGACUUCCAUAUGACCUACGUAACAUUAUCCAAACUGAAAGCAAGACCACUUUUGAUGAUAUCAUCAAGGCCAGCGACUACCGCAACUGUCUGAGAUUUUUCAAAGACAAACUGAUCAUGAAGCCAGUAGUGAUGCUAGAAUUGUUUGAAUCAACUCUGCAGAGUAUUCUUCAUCACUUGAGAAGUUUGUAUCAACAAAUGAAAUAUGAACAUCAGGACAUCAACAUCAUUUUUCUAGUCGGCGGUUUUUCUGAGUCCAAUUAUGUUCAAGAGCGUGUUAAGUUGGAAAUCAACAGCCUGGGGACAAAGGCUAUCUUUCCUGGUAAUGGUAGUCUUGCAGUUCUGAAGGGUGCUGCAAUGAUGGGUUUCACACCCAGGUGUAUAGCAGAGCGUCGAGCUGGCUACACAUACGGCUUUGGAACGGCUGAACCAUUCAAAUCAGGCGUCCAUCCGGAAUCAUUGAAAAUCGUGCAUGAUGGGAAAACGAGAUGUGGGAAUGUCUUCUACAAAAUGAUCUCAAAGGGACAAGUACUAAAAUAUGGUCAAAAAGGAUUUUUCUUAGCGCAUGACACGUUCACACAAAAAGAACUAAAACACAAAGUGGUCACCACAAAAAUCUACAGGUCAAACAAAUAUGACCCAAAAUACUGCAUACCGGAAGAAGAAUGCGAGUGUGUUGGGAAAAUCAUUGCUAAGCCCCCUAGCACUGGCUGGCCAGAGAAGGUGAAUUUUGAGAACCACCUCAUUGUUGGAGAAGCAGAGUUUGUUGUGAAGGUCAUUAACAAACAAACCGCUCUGGCGUCACCUAUGAGCAACCAAGCAGAACCAUGUGAACAACUUUGAAAGAGGACCAUCAUAGGAACAUCAUGGCCAAGUUUCAUCAACUUCCAUUCAAUGGUUUCAGAGAAGAUGUUGUUUGAAGAAAAGUGUGGACGAAAAGACGCCAGACGGUGAGUGAUCACAAUAGCUCACCCUAGCACUUUGUGUUCAAGUGAGCUAAAAACAAAGAGUUGUGUGCCACUGAAAAUGCAGGUUUUCAUAAUGGGAGCCUAGUGGAAAAUGACCAUAAACUUCAAGCAGAUUUGACAGCAUUAUUAGGAAUUAUUUCAUGUAUCAACGUUUUUGUUAUCAUUUUUAUCUUCAGAACAAAAUUAAUGACAAUGCUUAAACAAAUAUGCACAAGGGAUUAUAUUCGUAGGUAGGGUGACGUGCUUUCCAUUCCAUAUGGAGGGUCUAAGCUUUAUUCUAUGUUAUCCGAAUCAAUGACGUUAAGUAAUAAUUUCUAAUAUAUCAAAAUACAUAACAACCUUAUGUCAUACAUUUUCUGUCUAAUUAGGAUUAACAUAAGUGAGAAAUGCCAGCGUGUAAACAUGGUUGAACACAGUAUUACUGAUAAAUCAUUGGCUAUAUUCUUGACUCAAUGGUAGGUUUAGCUUAUAAUCAAACAUGAUCGAGAUCUUACGACUGCAAGUUUUGUCCUAGCUUAAGAUUACUCAGAAAUGUGGAAGCUGCAGGGAAGAAAACAAAAACAAGAGGGCCAUGAUGGCCCUAUAUCGCUCACCUGAUUAAAUGGUUGCUAUGAAGAUUUGCAUUUAAGCUUGACCCUGGGGUCAUGAUUUGAACAAACUUGGUAGAGAUCCACUAGGCAAUGCUACUCACCAAAUAUCUAAGCUCUAGGCCUUCUAGUUUAUUUCUAGACAUUUUUUGGAAGAUUUUCCUAUGUACUAUCAAGUAACCCCUGGGGCGGGGCCAAUUUGAAGCUGGGGAUCAUGAUUUGAACAAAUUUUGUAGAGGUUCUCUAGGCAAUGCUACAUGUCAAAUAUCUAAGCUCUAGGCCUUCUGGUUUAUUUUUAGAAAUUUAUUUUUAGAAGAUUUUCCGAUGUAUAAUUAAGUUACCACUGGGGCGGGGUCAACUUUACCCCGGGGUCAGGAUUUGAACAGAGUUUGUAGAAGUCUGCUAGGCAAUGUCACAUAUCAAAUAUCUAAGAACUAGGCCUUCUGGUUUAUUUUUAGCAAAUUUAUGAAGAUUUCCCUAUGUAAAAUCAAGUAACCCCUGGGGCUGGGUCAAUUUGACCCUGGGGGGUCAAGAUUAGAAAAUGUUUUGUAGAGGUCCACUAGGCAAUGCUACAUGUCAAAUAUCUAAGCUCUAGGCCUUCUGGUUUAUUUUUAGAAAAUUUUGAAGAUUUUUCUAUCUACAAUCAAGUAACCCCAUGGGGCGGGGUCAACUUGAUCCCGGGUAUCAUGAUUUGAAUAAAUUUUGUAGAAAUCUACUAGGCAAUGCUACAUAUCAAAUAUCUAAAAUCUAGGCCUUCUGGUUUAUUUUUAGAAAAUUUUUGAAGAUUUUCCUAUGUAAAAUCAAGUGACCUCUGGGGCGGGGUCAAUUUUGAUCCUGGGGUCAUGAUUUGAAUAAAUUUUGUAGAGGUCCAUUAGGCAAUGCUACAUGUCAAAUAUCUAAGCUCUAGGCCUUCUGGUUUAUUUCUUUUUUUUUUUUGAAGAUUUUCCUAUAGAAAUCUAUGUAAAAUCAAGUGACCCCUGGGGCAGGGUCAAUUUUGACCCCGGGGUCAUGAUUCUACUUUAGUAGAGGUCCACUAGGCAAUGCUACAUGUCAAAUAUCUAAGCUCUAGGGCUUCUGGUUUUUGAGAAGAAGAUUUUUUAAGAUUUUCCUAUGUAAAAUCAUAUGACCCCUCGGGCGGGGUCAAUUUUGACCCCGGGGUCAUGAUUUGAACAAACUUGGUAGAGGUCCACUAGGCAAUGCUUCACACCAAAUAUCUAAAAUCUAGGGCUUCUGGUUUUUGAGAAGAAGAGUUUUAAAGUUUUUCCUUUCGGUUGCCUUAGCAACCAAAGUUCUGCAUGGAAUUCAAUUCUUUGAACAAUUUUGUAGAGCUUCACCCAAGGAACAUUCCUGUGAAGUUUGGAUGAAACUGGCCUAGCGGUUUAUGAGGAGAUGUCGUUUAAAGUAAAAGUUUACGGCCGGACGCCGGACGGUGAGUGAUCACAAUAGCUUACCCUGAGCCUUUGGCUCAGGUGAGCUAAAAAAUGGGAUGCACAAAAAACUAGACCUAUUACUGAAAGUGAUGAAUUUCUAAGUACCUAACAAGACUAGGGUUGGUACUAAUCACUUUAGUGAAGUUUCAUUAAAUUGUGUUCAUGUGUUCAGGUGAUUAUGCACGCACAAGAUUGCAUAUGCAGACUCUAUGUAUAUGGUAUAGUAACAAACAAGAGGGUCAUGAUGACCCUGGAUCGCUCACCUGAGUACCGUAGAUACCCAUGUAUAAUGCGCACCCGCGUAUAAUGCGCACCCCCGAUUUUAGCCCAAAAUCCUGGGAAAAAAACAUUUUUGGUCAAUUUGGAGAUGGAUGGAAAACGAAAGUAGAGUUUACAUCGACACCGGUAAUAAAUUUUAUCUCCACGGCGGAGAGCAGCAUCGGUCUCGCGGUACUAUCGAUUUUUGUUUUCUCGAAAAUAAAACCAGUAAAAUAU